AUGGUCUCUUCUGUGGCGAUUGUGGGCGGAGGUCCCAGUGGUCUUAUAGCAUUGGACGCGCUCGUGCGAGAGGAAAAGUUCGAUGUCAUCAAACUCUUUGAAAGAAGGUCAGAGGCUGGUGGAUGUUGGGUAUAUUCCGACGAAAAACCCGAGCCACUCGGCGAUAUCAAACUGCUUUCAAAACGGCAAUUGAAGCCAGAGCCUGUGCCUGAGGUGCUACCAGCAUACGUGCCGAAAUCAAGAACACAGCGGUUUAUGGAUACAGCAACUUAUUCAUAUUUGGAAACGAAUGUUGAAGCUGAAGCGAUGGAGUUCUCAGAGGAGAAAUUUCCACUGGGCGGAUCAGCAGAAUCGAUUCAAAAGUAUGGAGAGUCCACGCCGUUCAGACAUCAUACGGUGAUCAAAAACUGGGUCCAAGACUUGUACAAGAAAAAAGGGUAUCAUGAUCGUAUUGCAUUUAAUACAUCUGUGGAGUUGAUCUUUAAAGUGGAUGGAAAGCGGAAACUUGUGUUGCGUCGUUUUGGACCAGAAAACGACUAUGUAUGGGAAGAAACAUUCGAUGCUGUGGUGGUAGCAGCGGGUCAUUAUGACGUUCCAUAUGUGCCCGAUAUUGAAAAUUUGCAGCAAUUCAUAGACCAUCCAAGUCGGCAAGUUUUGCAUUCAAAAGCGUUCAGAGGCCCACAAGACUUUGAAAAUAAAAAGGUUGUGGUGGUAGGUGCAUCAGUUUCUGCCAUGGAUGCAGUUCGUGAUCUUUUACACCAUGCUCAGUCGCCAAUUAUAUCCUCAAGAAAGUCUACUAGUGGUCCUCAUAUCCAUUUUGGUCUGGUGGCUUUCGAGCAUCCGCUCGUAGAAUCUAGAGGUCAGAUCAUAAAGUGUGAAGCAGAAACCGGCACUCUUUACUUUGAAGACGGGACGAGUGUCAGUGAUGUCGAUGCCAUAAUUUUCGGCACUGGCUUUUCAUUUUCUUUCCCAUUUCUUCCCGAGUUGAAUCUCGCCCACAAUCGAGUCCAUAAUCUCUACCAGCAUGUAUUCAAGAUCGGAGAUCCAUCGUUGGUUUUCGUGGGAGCCAUUACCCCAGGCUUGACAUUUAAAGCUUACGAAUGGCAGGCGGUUGCGGCUGCGAAAGUUCUUGCUGGAAGAGGGAAAUUACCCACCACUGAAGAACAGCACCAAUGGGAAAAAGAUAGAAUAGAAGCUAAAGGCGAUGGUCCUGGCUUCUGUCUCAUUUAUCCCGAAUUCGAAAAGUAUUUUGAAGCACUUCGAGCUAUUGCUGGUGACGAAGGUCCCGGAAGAAAGCUUCCUCGAUUUGAUCAAAAAUGGUUUGAUUCCUUUGAAAGGGGUCACCAGAUGCGCCGGCAUCAUUGGCACACCACAAAUGAGAAGUACAUAUCCUCACUUGAAUGA